GAUAGAAUACUGGCACCAAUAGUAGAGUUGAAUUGAGUUAUUUGGUGGAGAAUUGAAUGCUUAUCAGUGGAAGCCAUUAAUGAAGAUGACAGAAGCUUACGAGACUGAUAGGCCCCACCCAUGGUGAACUUAAUGCAAAAAUAGCCAAAUAAGUUAAAGGGAAAACCAUGUUUGCGUGUGAAAAAGAAAAGCAACCAUGAGUUCAUUUUUAGAGAUCAGCAUUCAACACUCAAACAGAGAGAGUGUUUGAAUUGAAAGGAAAAUAGUCAGGACUGUUGAAAAUAUUUAUUGCCCAUACAACUAACGACAGCUGAGUCUCAUUUACUGGUCUUUCAAAUGUAGCAGGUGAGAAAUUAAAUGAAACUUCACUUGGUUGAUCUUUUGGUAUAUAAUAUAACAACCUCACUCAUAUCAUAUUCACUACUAGUAUUUAAAUACUACUAGAGAUUUAUUCGAUAAGUUAAGUUAUGAUGAGAGGUUUUUGCAAUGACUUUGUUGUGGUUGCGUUUGUUCUAUGUAAUGUUCUACUUGUUAGUGGUUUGUUUGAAGUGGCGGAUGCUAGACAGGUUAAGGAUGAUAAGCAUUUGAUUCGUCCGCCACAUUUGUUAGGUCCUGGAUUUAAACAUGGUAGGUUUGGUGGUGCUGGUGGAGGUUUAGGACUAGGUGGUGGCAUUGGUGGGGGUGCAGGAGGUGGUGGAGGACUUGGUGCAGGAGGUGGUGGAGGACUUGGUGCUGGUGGUGGCAUUGGUUUAGGAGGUGGAGGUGGUGGUGGUUUAGGAGGUGGAGGUGGUCUUGGUGCUGGUGGUGGUUUAGGAGGUGGAGGUGGUCUUGGCGGUGGUGGUGGUCUAGGAGGUGGAGGUGGUGGUCUUGGGCAUGGUGUUGGAGGUGGCAUUGGUGGAGGAGCAGGUGGUGAUCUAGGAGGUGGAGGUGGAGCGGGACUUGGUGGUGGUGGUGGACUUGGACACGGUCUUGGUGGUGGCAUUGGCGGGGGAGCUGGUGGGGGUGGGGGUCUAGGAGGUGGAGGGGGACUUGGUGGAGGUGCCGGUGGUGGACUUGGUCAUGGUGUUGGUGGCGGAAUCGGUGGAGGUUCAGGUGGUGGGCUCGGAGGAGGAGGUGGACUUGGUAGUGGUGGUGGACUUGGUCAUGGUGUUGGAGGUGGCAUUGGUGGUGGGGCAGGAGGCGGGGUUGGUGGUGGAGCAGGAGGUGGCGGUGGCAUUGGCAGUGGAGGUGGAUUAGGCCAUGGCAUUGGUGGAGGAGCAGGAGGUGGAGGUGGUAUAGGUGGUGGAGGUGGAGCUGGUGGAGGCGGAGGAGGAGGUUUUGGGGGCGGAGGUGGUGCAGGUGGAGGUGUUGGAGGAGGAAUUGGCGGUGGUUUUGGUGGAGGAUUUGGUGGUGGAGCUGGUGGUGGCAACAAGUAGGAGAUGUGAGUGUUAAAUGUUGAAACUGUGUCAUUCAUAUAGUACUAGUAUAUUGUUUUAAUUAAUUUCUGUUGAAAACUGUUAAUGCCUAUUAAUUUGUAGUCAAGCUAGCUACAAUGGCUGUUUUAUCCACUCUUUUGUUUGAUUAUUCAAAUACUAUUAAUUAGGAGUACUAUUUGCAUGGAAACAAAACUUUAUAAACCUGUUAUGCGACCUCUCUUACUUUUAAUUUUGUGAUGAAUAGUAACUUUGGGUGUAUGCAUAUUUAACAGUA